AACCACACGUCCACGCACAUACCCAACGCUUGCCUCCUCCCCCCUUCCUGCCCUUAGCCUCCUCGCCUUGUUGUUGUGUUGCGUCCAGCACAGAAUCUCUCCUUCUCUCAACCCCCAAAGUCAAGCCUUUCCCAUCCUAUCUUCACUAACCCUUCGCCCUCUCGUCUUCCUCCCACAGCAGCUAACCCAACAUACUAUCUUCUUUCUUUUUCCCCUUCAUUCCUUCAUUCCUUCCAUUUUUCUUCCACACCCAUCACGGAGAAACACCAACAACCCCGGCCCUUGCCGCCAAAAUUCAGCUGUUAUCCCGUUGCUAUCGUCGUUCGCUGCUGUCUCCUCCCGCCCUGAGGCUAAAAACUUUCGUUCCGCUGGUCCCCUUCACGCUCCUUCAUUAACUGCGGCUCUUAACCCCCUCGUCAACGUCUCCCACCCCCCCCCAACCUUUCACUCACUCGUCCUUCCCUUCGCAACGGUAAUCCCCCACAACCUCGCCCGUCCUGUCCGUUUUUUCUUUCCCGCCUCUGGGGCACAACUCCCUGCUGCAGGUUUCUUUUUCAAUUGUACCGCAUAACCUCUGCUUGGGACAGUGCACUUCUCCCCCGCGGCAACUCCAAUUUUCCUCUGCAAACGGCUCACCGAGGCCUCUGUACAUCUCAUCCAAAGUCAGUACAUUCAAAUCACAAUCAUUUUCGUACAGUAGGAUUUAUUUCUGAUAGGGGUGCGUACUCUGCCGCUGCUGCUGCAGUUAUGUCUUCAUCGGAAGAUGAUCGCCCUCUUGCUGCCGUGCAUGGUGUAAGGACAAACGGUAUGUGAAUAUUAUCAUUCCCCUUGCCAAUUUGGUGCCUAAGGGCACGCACCGGAUCAACUUUCAGAGCGAUUUGGAGGCUACCGCUCCCUCGCUUUUAAGACACGACUUCUAUAUUCCUAAAACAACUGAAAACCUUACGGUGGGAGCGUCUACUAAGUGGUGUGGUUUCUGUUGUAUAGGUACUUCAUUGACCGUGUCUGCUGAUACCAACGGAACUACCCCUGGCCCGAUUCUCGCUAAUAAAAACCCGAAAUCCGUGGAGCGCGAGGUGGGUAGCAAGUUUGACAAAAUGGCAAAUAAAUCAACAAAUGGCGUACGCCCUGUUAAUGCAGCUGGAAUUCCUCUCGUGAACGGGUCGGUUGGAGACAGUGGAGGCUUAGGGCGUGGUAAGAGAAAAGGACGUCAAGCUCCAAUCAAGGAGAGCAGUAGUAGUGAAGAUAGCGAUGCUCCUCUCGUAAGUUACAUGCUUCUAGUUCUGAACGCUCUCGCGCGAAUACUUAUAUAGUGAGACGUUUUAAACUGACAAUUUCGAGAACAAACGUCGCCGAACCAGCAGCGGCAUCAGAAGGGAGAACGGGUUUAAACAAGAGGAUUCCUCAAGUGAUGAUGACGUCCCUCUGGCUAAGAAAACAGCGGCUAAACGUCGAAAUGUCCCUUCGCCUACACUGGUCAAACGAGAGAAAAAGCCCCCGGCACCUCCGGGAGGGGACCCCUCCGACUCGGAUAUCCCGUUGGCAGCCGCUAAACUAGCUAAAGAGAGGCAGAGAAUAGAGCAGAAGGCUGUGAAAACUGCAAAGGAGAUACGUGCCGAACAAAACAAGGUCGCAACGGCUGCUGGGGCGAAGCGUAAACCGGUGGGCAACGCCAGCACAUCCGAAGUAGCAAAGAGAACGGGGAAGGCACAACUUAAGAAGGUUAAUGGGGUUAAAAAGGAAGAAUCCUCGGAUGAUGAUGUCCCUCUUUCUAAGAAACGAAAGGGUGCUGUUCAAAAGCCUGCCGAAAGUACAAAAAAGGCUGCUCCUGGCAAGAAGGCGAAAGAAGUCGAUGCGAAGUCCAUUGCUGCCAAAGGAAAGGGAAAGGCAAAAGAGGAAACGCCUGCCGAAGCUGACGAAGAGGAAGAAGAGGAGUAUAAGUGGUGGGAGAAUCAGGCAGAGACUGAUGGCACCCAAAAGUGGACCACUUUGGUGCAUAAUGGCGUACUCUUUCCCCCGGCUUACGAACCCCUCCCUAAGCACGUUAAGAUGAAAUAUGCCGGGGUUGAGGUGACAUUGCCGCUCGAGGCAGAGGAGGUUGCUGGUUUCUUUGGUGCUAUGAUCGACACGCAGCACGCUUCGAACCAAACCUUUGUUGAAAAUUUCUUCAAGGAUUUUCAAACCAUAUUAAAGCAGUCCGGAGGUGCUAAGGGUCCUGAUGGCAAGGUUUGUGACUUCGUGAUUCUAUAUUGGUGCAUGGUACUAACGUGAGUACAGAGCGUCAGCGUCCUGUCCUUUCAAAAAUGCGACUUCAAGCCGAUGUACGACUACUUUGAAGAGAAGAAAGCGGAGAAAAAGGCUCUAGGUACGGCUGGGCGUAAGGCAUUAAAGGCAGAGAAGGACAAGGCAGAAGAGAAAUAUCUUUACUGUUAUCUCGAUGGCCGUAAAGAGAAAGUUGGCAACUUCCGUGUGGAACCCCCAGGACUGUUUCGUGGCCGUGGAGAGCACCCCAAAACCGGGAUGGUCAAGGCGCGGGUUCAGCCUGAGCAGGUUACGAUCAAUAUCGGAAAGGAGGCGACUGUGCCGGCUCCACCACUCGGGCACAGCUGGGCGGAUGUUAUUCAUGACAACACUGUUACCUGGCUUGCAACUUGGAAGGAGAAUAUCAAUGGCAAUAUCAAGUAUGUGAUGUUGGCGGCUACAAGUAGUCUAAAGGGGAUGAGUGAUUUCAAAAAGUUUGAGAAAGCCCGCGAGUUGAAGGUACAUACCCCAAUCCCAAUAUUUCAAUCAUUUCAUGAAAACAUGACUAACCCUACUUUAGAAUCACAUAGAUCGUAUCCGUGAGGAUUAUACACGAGACCUUAAAGCUGAGCUUAUGGCGGACCGCCAAAGAGCUACGGCGAUGUACCUCAUCGAUAAACUCGCACUCAGAGCGGGAAAUGAGAAGAGUGAUGAUGAAGCAGAUACGGUCGGUUGCUGUUCACUUCGCUAUGAACACAUUACAUUGGAGCCUCCGAAUAUUGUGGUAUUCGAUUUCCUGGGUAAAGACUCGAUCAGGUUUUACCAGAAAACCCCUGUUAUUCAUCAGGUGUUUAAGAACUUGAAGAUUUUCAAGAAGGCACCUAAGACUAAGGGUGACAUGAUCUUUGACCGUCUUGAUGUAAGCCAUCCUUUAAUGCCCCACAAUUGAACUGGUAUAUUCUAACAUCACAUUUAGACGACUCAAUUGAAUAAACAUCUUCAGAACUAUAUGCAAGGGCUUUCGGCUAAAGUGUUCCGUACCUAUAACGCAUCUUGGACCAUGCAAGAGCAAUUGGACGAGAUCCCGAACGAGGGCGCUGUACAUGAAAAAUAUGCCGCAUAUAACCUUGCCAAUAAAAAGGUCGCUAUCCUCUGUAACCAUCAACGGACUGUGAGCACCACUCAUGAGACCAUGAUGCAGAAACAGGAGGAAAAGGUUUACAUUGAUUUUCUUAUUUCUUUUUUCUUAUCUCCGAUACUGAUAAAGUUCGAAACAGAUCAAGGGACUCAGAUACCAGAAGCUUCGCCUGAAGAGGAUGAUUCUUUCUCUUGAGCCAAUCCGCAAGAAGAAGAAUCCCUCUUUUCUCAAACCCGAUCCUGAAAUUGAUGAGGAAUGGAUCAAGGACCACCAAGUUUUCCUCAUUGAACAGGAGAAAGACCGUAUCACCAAGAAGUUUGAAAGGGAGAAUGAGAAGCUUCUUGAGAGUGGGGAGAAGGGGCUUAAAGACAAAGAGCUCAAGGAACGUUUACAGAUCAUUAAAGAGAUGGAAGCGGAGUUCAAGACGGAGAAUAAAACCGGCAAAAUCGAUCCUAAACGCGGAGCCACUGUUGAAAAGCUUGAGACCCAGAUCCAAAAGAUCGAGGAACGGAUCAAGAAGCAGGAAACUGAGGCCCAGGUUCGAGAGGACAACAAGACAGUCGCCUUGGGCACCAGUAAAAUCGUAUGUAUUUCCUUCGAGUUUUAUGCAUUCAAUUCCUAAUGGCCCAAUAGAAUUACAUCGACCCUCGUCUCACUGUCAUGUUCUGCAAGAAAUACGACGUCCCCAUUGAGAAGAUCUUUGCAAAGACCCUGCGGGAUAAGUUUAAGUGGGCGAUUGAGUCUGCCGAUGAGGAUUGGAAGUUUUAACCUCCGGUAUCCACCAUCCCCCUCCUCCCUGGGGAGAACAGAAUUCACCCGAAAUAAACUAUUGCAACAUACUUGGAUAAAUAUCGUUUGGCUUUUGUGCUGCUGUGCAUAUUAAUAUAGCAGAUAACGGGGUAGCAGCAUCAUAGCAAUCGCCCCGCCCCCUAUUCUAGAAAAUGGGAAAAAUGGGAAGCCGGGAGCAGCGAAAAAGCAAAGAUAAGGAAAAAAGAGAAUCGAACCCUUUCGCUUAAGCUACGUGUAAAUUAUUUCAGAUUCUGCUAUUGCUAUUUCCUUGCCCUUUUUCCCUUUCUUUGCCACCUUCCCCUUUCCCCUCUCCCCUAUCAUGUUAUGACUAUCCAUUCACUCCGUUCAUCGCUCCCUUUCCUCAUUGAUUAAAAAUUUCUCUUUUUUUCCCAAAAUGUCUAUCACGCUUGUACCAAAAACUCUAUAUUUCGUUCAUUUUGUCGCUCUAUCUCCCCCAUACUCUCUCCCCCUCAAUUGCUCCGCUUCGUGCGGGGAGAGCAGGAGAAAGUAACAAUAGGAAGGCACGAAUCUUCACUUCACUUCAAUUCAUGUAAGUAGCUUAUACUUUUCUUUCUCUUUUUCUUCUCCCUCUUAUUUUCAACUUUCAAUUUUCAAUUUUUUCCUUCUACCAUCAUAUCGUCGCGCUUUCUACGUCAUAGGCUUCGUAUCGUAUCUUACCUUAUCAAUUAGAUGUGUGUGUGUGGUUCUUUCUUCUUACCCCCCCCCCCCCCCUCUCUUAACCUUCAUAGUGGAGGGCGAAAGCUCGUGGCAAAUGGUAUCUUUCGGUCAAUCGCUUGCCUGUAUUUUAGUUUUUUACAUUUUUUUUUUUUGUUUGCUGUGGUGCGGUGGUGUGGACAAACUACAAGAGGAAUAGGAGUACUCGUAAUGUAUGGUUUCUUUUCCACGAACUGACGAGACGAACCAAGAGUAGUAUCAUAUAUUGUAAAUUAGGGCACGGAUGGAUGGAUGGACGAAUCGGGACCGGAUUGAUGGGACGAACUGGGAGGGAUGAUUGGUCUAGAUCGGUUCGGCUGGUUUUUGGUCUUGUUAACCUAGCAAUACAUUGUGGAUGUCGUGCAGUAUGAUACCGGUAUUUGGCUUCGUUCUCCGUCGGGAUUCGGUGGUCGCGAGUGAGAUGUUGUGGAUGGAUGGGUGGGUGGGUGAGAAAGUGCUUUUUUCUGGGGUGUGAGGGAGGGUAUGAUAGAGUGCGGUACGGUACGGUCGGGCGAUGGAAUGGGUCAGGGGUGCAUAAUACGAGUACGGUACCGUACUGUGGUGUUGGUGGGGGUUUGUGAAGUUUGGUGCGAUGAUGGAAAAUUGUUGCUGUCGC